AUGCUCUGGGACGUCGACAGGGUCAUCGAACGUGGGCGGCGAUAUGUGGUGAGCGGCGGUCUGGCAGUCGCCCGCAAGGUCAGGAGUGGCGUGAAGGCGGGAGCCGCGGUUGGCAACUGCGUCAACAGGUGCAUUGAGUAUGGGAGGCGCACCGUGGCGGACGGCGGACUAGCGCUUGACCGCCACAUCAAGAAGGGCAUGUUGUCGGGUGCCGUCACCGCCAGCGAGUGGCUUGGCAUUCCCAUGCACAAUUCAGGAUCACAGGCAGCAG